AUGCUCCGCGACCCCGCGGCGGCGGCCAUGGAAGCGCAGUUGCUGCAGCAGCAGCGUCAGCAGCAGCAGCUCCUGGUGCUCCUCAACGCCUCCUCGCGGCCCUUCGCUAGCAUCUGGCCGCCGUCGGACGCCUCUGCCGCCGCAGGAAGCCCCUCGGAUCUGUCCCCCGCCGCAGGAGGGGGCGAGGAGGCGGCAGGCAGCGGCGGCGACGGGGGCGCGGCGCGGGAGGCGGCCGCCACGGCGGUCAACCCUUGGGACAUCGCGCUGUGCGCCACCGGCACGGCGGUGGCCUGCGAGAACGCGCUGGUGCUGGCCGUCCUCUUCUACACGCCCAGCCUGAGGGCGCCUAUGUUUCUGCUCAUUGGCAGCCUAGCGCUGGCCGACCUGCUGGCCGGGCUGGGGCUGGUGGCCAACUUCAGCGUGCAGUACCUGCUGCAGCCGCCGAACGAGGCGGCGUCGCUGAGCGUGGCCGGCCUGCUGCUGGCUGCUUUCUCUGCCUCGGCGUGCAGCCUGCUAGCCAUCACCGUCGACCGCUACCUGUCGCUGUACAACGCCCUGACGUACCACUCGGAGCGCACGCUGGCCUUCACCGCCGCCCUGCUGGCGGCCGUCUGGCUCCUCUGCCUGGGCGCCGGGCUCCUGCCGCUGCUGGGCUGGAACUGCCUGCGCGAGCCCAGCGCCUGCAGCGUCCUCCGGCCCGUCACCAAGGAGCACGCCGCCGUCCUGGCAGUCGCCUUCCUGCUCCUCUUCGCUCUCAUGCUGCAGCUCUACCUGCAGAUCUGCAAGAUCGCCUUUCGGCACGCCCAGCAGAUCGCCGUCCAGCACCAGUUCAUCGCCCCAGCCCAGGCCGCCUCCACCCGCAAGGGCCUCUCCACUCUCUCGCUCAUCUUGGGCACCUUCGCCCUCUGCUGGAUGCCCUUCGCCGUCUACUCCCUGGUAGCCGACGCCAGCUACCCGCCCGUCUACACCUACUCCUUGGCCCUGCCGGCCGCCUGCAACUCCCUCCUCAACCCCGUCAUUUAUGCCUUCAGGAACCCAGACAUCCAGAAGUCCCUCUGGCUGGCCUGCUGCGGGUGCGUCUCGUCGGGCUUUUCCUCGCGGCCCAGGACAUCCAGCGAGGUAUGA